GGCUCACUCUUCUCUCUCCUCCACCACCUCUACCCUCGCAGUAGACACGCCGCACCACACACACACACACACACCUUCACACCACCACACUUCGUCACCAUGGCCUCGCCCGGAAACCACCACGAUGAGCUCCCCGACCAGGGCGAGCACCACGACACGUACCCGCUGCUGCGCGACAACGACCUGUCGCUCUUCUCCAAGGCCGGCUUUGACAUGGAGAAGAUUCACCUGAAGCGCAACGCCUCGGUCGCGCAGCUGUACGAGGACGCCAUCAAGAAGGAGGGCGCCGUCAUUUCGAGCUCCGGCGCGCUCAUCAACUUCUCCGGCAAGAAGACGGGCCGCUCGCCCAAGGACAAGCGCAUCGUCUUCGAGGACUCGUCCAAGGACGACGUCUGGUGGGGCCCCGUCAACAUCAAGAUGGACGAGCACACGUUCGAGAUCAACCGCGAGCGUGCCAUCGACUAUCUGAACACGCGCGAGGACAUCUACGUCUUCGACGGCUUCGCGGGCUGGGACCCCAAGUACCGCAUCAAGGUCCGCGUCAUCUGCGCGCGUGCCUACCACGCGCUCUUCAUGCACAACAUGCUCAUCCGCCCCACGCAAGAGGAGCUCAAGAACUUCGGCGAGCCGGACUUCAUCAUCUACAACGCCGGCCAGUUCCCGGCGAACCGCUUCACGUCGGGCAUGACGUCGUCGACGAGCGUCGAGAUCAACUUCAAGCGCCGCGAGAUGGUCAUCCUCGGCACCGAGUACGCCGGCGAGAUGAAGAAGGGCAUCUUCUCCGUCAUGCACUACCUGCAGCCCGUCAAGUUCGGCCAGCUCUCGCUGCACUCGAGCGCCAACGAGGGCCCCAACGGCGACGUGUCGCUCUUCUUCGGCCUCUCGGGCACGGGCAAGACGACGCUCAGCGCCGACCCGCAGCGCCGACUCAUCGGCGACGACGAGCACGUCUGGUCCGACACGGGUGUCUUCAACAUCGAGGGCGGCUGCUACGCCAAGUGCAUCGGCCUGUCGGCCGAGAAGGAGCCCGAGAUCUUCAACGCCAUCCGCUACGGCUCCAUCCUCGAGAACGUGUCGUACGACAAGAACACGCGCAUCGCCGACUACGACGAUUCGCACCUGACGGAGAACACGCGCUGCGCCUACCCCAUCGACGCCAUCCCCAACGCCAAGAUCCCGUGCAUUGCCGACACGCCGCCGAAGAACAUCAUCAUGCUCACCUGCGACGCCUACGGCGUGCUGCCGCCCGUGUCGAAGCUCACGCCCGAGCAGGCGCAGUACCACUUCAUCGCCGGCUACACGAGCAAGACGCCCGGCACCGAGGAGGGCGUCGUCGAGCCGAGCCCGACGUUCAGCACCUGCUACGGCCAGCCCUUCAUCGUGCUGCACCCGCGCCGCUACGCCAGCAUGCUGGCCGAGCGCAUGAGCAAGGUCAAGGCCGACGCCUGGCUCAUCAACACCGGCUGGGUCGGCGGCAAGUUCGGCACGGGCAAGCGCUGCCCGCUCAAGUUCACGCGCGCCAUCGUCGACGCCAUCCACGACGGCUCGCUCGCGCAGGCCGAGUUCGAGAAGUUCGACACGUUCAACCUGCAGGUGCCCAAGGCCGUCAAGAACGUCGACGCCAGCAUCCUCAACCCCGCCAACGCCUGGGCCGACAAGAAGGCCUUCGAGGUCGAGGUCAAGAAGCUCGCCGGCAUGUUCAGCAGCGCCUUCGAGAAGUACGCCGCCGACGUGUCGGAGGAGGUGCUCGCCGCCGGCCCGCAGGUCGCAUAAGCGCGCCGCCGCCGCCGUGUCUCGUUCCUCCUCGUCGGCGUCCUCCACGCCAUCUGUUCCCGCCGUCGCUUCCACACUCUGGUCUCCCCCCACACAUUCGUCCCCAAGACAGACAUUUACCUUUUCCCCGUCCCCCUCCGCGUCAUCUGCGCUGUGUACCUAUUUCCGCCGACUACUAAAAAUCUAGCACAUCUGGCACAUGG